ACUUCUGACCUCUCUACUUCUCCUCUCUCCCGUGGAUGCAAUCUUCUUCUUCAGCUUCUUCUCAUGAGUGCUUUUCUCGUAGCCUCAUUCUCUCCAUUUGCUCAGUCUCCAGUUCGUUUCUCAUUUAAUCCCUCCCCACUCACCUUCAAAUCCACUCAUUCACACACUUUGACGCUUCACUUCCCAAACAAAUCCGAUCGCCGACGAUAUCUCCGGCCAUCUUCACCGGCCGCCAUGCCUCCCGGCGAAAACAUCCCACCAAAAAUUCCGACCGAUCAAUCAGAAUUCACUGAACUAAUCGAUGAGUCCGAUUUUCAGGAGCUCGUCUCCCCUAAAGGCGAGUUGUCCAUCUGUGGAUUCGGUUCUCUCCUCUCUGAGCGCAGUGCGAGGAGUACAUUUCCGGAUCUGAUCAAUUUUAGAAUCGCCCGAUUGAAGGGCUUUCGGCGAGUUUUAGCUCAUGUUGCUCCCAUUUUCUUUGAGCGAGGCAUAGCCAAUCCUGAUACAAAGGAAAUUUCAAGCUUAAGUGUGGAACCUUGUGAAAAUGAAACCUUGAUAGUUACUGUUUUCGAGAUUCAACAAUCUGAGAUUCCAUCUUUUAUUGAGAGAGAGCACGAGUUCCGCUUUGUGGCUGUCUUACCUCAGACACUAGAUGGAAAGCCGUUUAAUAGUCCUGCGGUGCUUUGUGCACGUUAUAGUGAUGAGGAAUACUUCCAAUUUAGAUGCAAAGGAAGCCAAGAGAUCUUUUUCCAGCGAUAUGGACGACAUAACAUUCACAAGAUUUGGCGAGAUGAUAUCUUACCUUGCCGUGUUUAUCUUCGUCACUGUGUGUUGGCAGCAAAGAAUCUGGGUGAUGAAGCCUGCAACAACUUUCUAGAUCACACUUUUCUUGCAGACCGUAAAACAACGAUUCGGGAUUACUUGGCUACGACAGGUUCAGGCAUCAUGGAAGAGGAGCCUCCAGAAUUGCUGAAAGCUCGAUAUGGUGGUUGACAUUAGCCAGUCAGCAGACCAUGUAUGGCAGCAAAAUUUGGUAUUGAAAAGGCUUCGCCUUAUGUUACCAUUACUGAUGGUUCAAUAUCAGGAGGAAGUUAUUGGUGGGGAAUUGCUAGAGAUUUGAAAAUCUUCUCACUCAAUUUUUCUUGUAAUGGUCAUGCAUUGAGUUGAGAGAGUAAAUUAAGGAUCUUCUGAAAUUGAGCAUUUCUGGUUGAACUGUUGAAGCAUUAAUUUGUCUCUGGAAAAGCAAAAUAUUACUAAAGUUCUUCUUUGUUAUUUGUAUUAUAAUUUAGAUUCUCUUUUA